CAGGGCAGAAGUUGAAAAAGCCAAAGAAUUCACUAAAGGAAAGAACAAAAAGGCGGCAAUUCAAUGUUUGAAGAGGAAGAGGUUAUAUGAACAGCAAAUUGAGCAGCUUCGAAACUUCCAGCUGCGUAUUCAUGACCAGAUGAUAAUGUUAGAAGGUGCUAAAGCCACCACGGAAACAGUGGAUGCGUUAAGAACAGGAGCCGCUGCUAUGAAGGCUAUGCAGAAAGCAACGAAUAUUGACGAUGUUGACAAAACCAUGGAUGAGAUAAAUGAACAGACUGAGAACAUGAAGCAGAUUCAAGAAGCAUUGUCAACUCCAAUUGGUGCAGCAGCUGACUUUGAUGAGGAUGAACUAGAAGCAGAACUUGAAGAAUUGGAGAGUGCUGAGUUGGAAGAGCAGCUUCUUCAGCCAGCAACUACAGCUCCUGCUGCCACAUCGUACGUCCCAGCUGGGCGGCAACCUACACGCCCUGUUCCUGCAAAGCCAACUCCCGAGGAAGAUGAAUUGGCAGCUUUGCAUGCUGAGAUGGCACUUUGAUCGGGUACCUUUUCUCGUCUGUGUCACUACCGAUGGAUUUGUGUUGUUAUCUAUGCAUUAGUUUCUUUUAUCUGAAUUCUGAACUGGUGUUGCAUUUAGUAUGCAAGUUAAAUGAUAUGGUUAUGUCACAUUUUCAUGUUUUGCCUAUGCCAGAAAUAUUUUAGGUAGUUGUUCUAUUUGGUUUUGCCACGGCUGGCUUAGUUUAAGCCAGAAUUUCGCUGGCUUUGUUAACCAUGACGAUAAGUGUCUUCCACGAUAUAUUUGUAAUAUGUAACUUAAGACUCUGACAUGGAGAAUUCUGAUUCUCUC